GCGAGGCUGUGUGAGUGUGACGGAGCGCGGCGCGCCGCUCUGCUCUCUGCUGCGGAUUAUUCCCUCACUUUUAACCAACGCAGGACGUGUUUUUACCUGCCGGGGACCCCGGACUGCCCCCCCUCCCUCAGGACUGGCCUCCCCCCCUCCUGCGCGCAGCUUUUAUGUGAGGAGGCGCCGAGGCUGCGUGGAUAAGUUCUGGAUACAUACCUGACUGGACUUUGCUGCGCGCCCCCGUGCAGUCAUGACCCACUGAAGCUGAGUCCUUCAUCAGACCUGCAGCAGCUUCUCUCCUCCUCCUCCCCUCCUCCUCCUCCUCUCCUCCUCUUUCCCUACUUCCCCUCCUCUUUCUCUCCGCCAUGCUUCCCUCCUUCCCCUCUUCUCUACUCCCCUUCCUCCUCUCCCUCCUCUUCCUCCCCGCUCCCCUCCUAUUCGCCCCGGCUGCCUCCACUCCUCCCUCCUCGGCGUCGGACAGGGCGGUGUACCGGGCCUUCGACACCUCGCUGACCCACAUGACCGUCCACCGGAGGACGGGCGAGGUCUUCGUAGGCGCCGUCAACAGAGUGAUGAAGCUGUCCCCCAAUCUGACGGACCUGAAGAGUCACGUGACCGGGCCUGUGGAGGACAAUGCCAAGUGUUACCCCCCGCCCAGCGUCAGAGCAUGCAUACACCGACUGGAGAAUACGGAGAACGUGAAUAAGCUCUUACUGGUGGAUUAUACUGGGAACAGACUGGUGGCAUGCGGCUCCAUCUGGCAGGGUGUCUGUCAAUUCCUCAGACUGGAGGACCUCUUCAAACUGGGGGAACCGCAUCAUCGCAAGGAGCACUACCUGUCCGGAGCCAGAGAGCCUGAUGGGAUGGCAGGCGUUGUUGUUGGCGAAGACGACUGGACCGCCGACCCCAGGAGGAAGAAGCCGGUGAAAGGCAGCAGCCGUCUGUUCAUCGGCGCCGCUAUCGACGGGAAGUCGGAGUAUUUCCCGACACUGUCCAGCAGGAAGCUGGUGGCCGACGAGGAGAGCGUCAACAUGUUCUCGCUGGUUUACCAGGACGAGUUUGUGUCCUCCCAGAUCAAGAUACCGUCGGACACUCUGUCGCUCUACCCGGCCUUCGACAUCUACUACGUCUACGGCUUCUCCAGCCGCACAUACGUGUACUUCCUGACGCUGCAGCUGGACACGCAGCUGACGCAGAUGGAGGCCGGUGGAGAGAAGUUCUUCACCUCCAAGAUCGUCAGGAUGUGCUCCAAUGACACUGAGUUCUACUCGUACGUGGAGUUCCCUCUGGGCUGCACCAAAGACAUGGUGGAGUACCGCCUGGUCCAGGCCGCCUACAAGCAGAAACCGGGCCGGCGGCUGGCCCAAGCGCUCGGUCUGUCCGAGGAGGAUGACGUCCUGUUCGUCAUCUUCUCGCAGGGUCAGAAGAACCGCUCCAACCCGCCCAGGGAGACGGUCCUCUGCUUGUUCACCCUUCACGACAUCAAUCUGGCCAUGAGGGAGCGGAUUCGCUCCUGUUACCGCGGAGAGGGACGGCUCACGUUACCGUGGUUACUCAACAAGGAGCUGGCCUGCAUCCACACCCCGAUACAGAUCGGAGACGAUUUCUGCGGGCAGAUGUUGAACCAGCCACUCGGAAGUGAAAGAGUGAUCGAGGGACAACCCUUGUACGAGGACCGGACCGAAGGCAUGGGCGCCGUGGCCGCGUACACCUACGGGGAGCACACGGUGGUGUUUGUGGGAACCCGGACUGGACAGCUGAAGAAGAUUCGUGUGGACGGGAUCCCUCCGCCGGCCCAGAAUGCUUUGCUGUACGAGACGGUGACGGUGUUUGAAGGGAAGCCCAUCCUGAGGGACAUGGUGUUCAGUCCGGACCACCAGUACAUCUACCUGCUCAGUGACAGACAGGUGAGCAAGCUGCCGGUGGAGAGCUGCGAGCAGUACAGCAGCUGCUCCGACUGCUUGGGAUCCGGAGACCCUCACUGUGGAUGGUGUGUCCUCUUCAGCAAGUGCUCCAGACGGGAAGCAUGUGACAAGGGGACGGAGCCUCAGCAUUUCAACACCCGUCUGGAUCAGUGUGUGUCCAUCUCUGUCACCCCCAACAACAUGUCGGUCACCUCCCUCGCCACACAGCUGAGCAUUCGGAUCCAGAAUGUUCCGGCACUUUCAGGUGGUGUUUCCUGUGUCUUCGAGGACCUCACUGAGACACCUGGCGAAGUGAUGGCUAAAGGACAUGUGAUGUGUACGUCGCCAUCGCUGAAAGACAUGCCGACACUCACGCACUCCCACGGUGAGAAGAGGGUGGUGCAGCUCAGUCUUCGCUCCACGGAGACCGGACACAAGUUCAUCUCCACCAGCAUCGUCUACUACAACUGCUCUGUCCUCAGCUCGUGUACUUCCUGUGUCAGCAGUGAGUUCCAGUGUACUUGGUGCAAAUACCGCCAUGUCUGCACCAACAACCCGCAGGACUGCUCCUUCCAGGAGGGACGGGUCAAGAACAUGGAGGGCUGUCCUCAGAUCCUCCCCACUGCUGACAUCUUGGUUCCCGCCGGGAUGGUCCGUCCAAUCACGCUGCGAGCUCGGAACCUCCCCCAGCCUCAGUCGGGCCAGAAGAACUACGAGUGUGUGUUCAACAUCCAGGGAAAAGUGCAGCGCAUCCCCGCCGUGCGCUUCAACUCCUCCUGCAUCCAGUGUCAGAACACCUCGUACUGGUACGACGGUGACGAGGCCGGCGACCUCCAGGUGGACUUCUCCAUCGUCUGGGACGGAGACUUCUUCAUCGACAAGCCGGCCUACAUGAAAGCGUUGCUGUACAAGUGCGAGGCGCAGCGCUCCAGCUGCGGCCAGUGCCUGAAAGCGCCGGCGACCUUCGAGUGCGGCUGGUGCGCCGACAGCAGGAAGUGUCUCCUACGGCAACACUGCCCCUCCCCCGAGCAGAACUGGAUGCACCACGGCCGACACAACCUGCGCUGCAGCCACCCGCGCAUCACAAAGAUAACCCCCCUGACGGGGCCUCGGGAGGGGGGCACCCGGAUGACCAUCGAGGGAGAGAACCUGGGCCUGCAGGUGAAGGAGAUUUCUCAAGUCCAGGUGGCCGGCGUGCGCUGCAACCCAGUCCCCUCGCAGUACAUCAGCGCAGAGAGGAUUGUGUGUGAAAUGGCUGAAGCCCUCCUCCCCCACUCGCCGGGCGGUCCUGUGGAGGUCUGCAUCGGCAUGUGCACCUUAGAGUAUCGGACCUUCUCCACGCAGUCCUACUCCUUCGUGAGCCCCAGUUUCACCCGGAUCCAACCGCUGAAGGGUCCUGUUUCCGGAGGAACCAGGCUGAUGGUGACCGGCCGCUACUUGGACGCCGGCAGCAACGUCUCCGUCUACAUCAACAACGAGGAGUGUCUGUUCGUCAAGAGGUCCAGCCGAGAGGUGGUCUGCAUCACUCCCGCCUCCAGCACCAGCACUGGCCCCGCCCCCAUCCAUCUGAUGAUUGACAACGCCAACGUGACCAACUCAGAGAUUACCUACAAGUACACGGAGGACCCGACCAUCACCAGCAUCGAACCCAACUGGACCAUCCUCAAUGGCAGCACGGUGAUCACGGUAACGGGAACCAACCUCUUGACCAUCCAGGAGCCCAAAGUCAGAGCCAAAUACGGAGGAGUGGAGACCAACAACUACUGCAACGUGAUCAACGACAGCACCAUGACCUGUCUGGCUCCGGGCCUGGUCUACAACCAGCCCAGCCCGCCGGAGGGGGCGCUGCGGCCCGACGAGUUCGGCUUCAUCUUGGACCAGGUUUCCUCGCUGCUCGUCCUAAACUCCACCCCGUUCACACACUACCCAAACCCAACCUUUGACGUUCUCGGGAACUCUGGGAUCCUGGAGGUGAAGCCCGGCUCACCGAUCAUCCUCAAGGGUAAAAACCUGAUCCCCCCCGCCCCCGGUAACAACCGCCUGAACUACACGGUCCUGAUCGGAGAGUCUCCCUGCCUGCUGACCGUGUCCGAGAACCAACUGCUCUGUGAUUCGCCAGAUCUCACCGGAGAGCAGCGAGUCCUGAUCCUGGUGGGGGGUCUGGAGUACUCGCCCGGUACGCUGCACAUCUACUCCGACAGCGCCCUGACGCUCCCCGCCAUCAUCGGCAUCGGCGCCGGAGGAGGCGUGCUGCUCAUCGCCAUCAUCGCCGUGCUCAUCGCAUACAAGAGGAAGACCCGCGACGCCGACCGGACGCUCAAACGCCUCCAGCUGCAGAUGGACAACCUGGAGAGCCGGGUGGCGCUGGAGUGCAAGGAGGCCUUUGCGGAGCUACAGACAGACAUCCAGGAGCUGACCAACGACAUGGAUGGAGUAAAGAUUCCCUUCUUGGAAUAUCGGACCUACACCAUGAGAGUGAUGUUUCCUGGAAUUGAGGAGCAUCCAGUCCUGAAAGAGCUCGACUCUCCAGCCAACGUUGAGAAGGCUCUGCGUCUCUUCAGCCAGCUGCUCAACAACAAGAUGUUCCUCCUUACCUUCAUCCACACGCUCGAGGCCCAGAGGUCUUUCUCCAUGAGGGACCGCGGGAAUGUCGCCUCGCUGCUGAUGGCCGCUCUGCAGGGUCGGAUGGAGUACGCCACAGUGGUCCUGAAGCAGCUGCUGGCCGACCUGAUAGAGAAGAACCUGGAGAACAGAAACCAUCCCAAGCUGCUUCUGAGGAGGACGGAGUCUGUUGCUGAGAAGAUGCUGACAAACUGGUUCACCUUCCUGCUGCAUCGAUUCCUCAAGGAGUGUGCCGGUGAACCUCUCUUCAUGCUGUACUGUGCCAUAAAGCAGCAGAUGGAGAAAGGGCCGAUCGACGCCAUCACGGGAGAGGCUCGCUACUCUCUGAGCGAAGACAAACUCAUCCGACAGCAGAUCGACUACAAGCAGCUGACGCUGAUGUGCAUCCCCCCGGAGGGCGAGGCGGGCACCGAGGUGCCGGUGAAGGUCCUGAACUGCGACACGGUGACCCAGGUCAAGGACAAACUGCUGGACGCCGUGUACAAAGGAAUCCCGUUCUCACAAAGACCGCAGGCCGAUGACAUGGACCUCGAGUGGCGCCAGGGCCGCCUGACCAGGAUCAUCCUGCAGGACGAGGACGUGACCACGAAGAUCGAGAGCGACUGGAAGAGGCUGAACACGCUGGCCCACUACCAGGUAACCGAUGGCUCUCUAGUGGCGCUGGUCCAGAAACAGGUUUCUGCCUACAACAUUGCCAACUCCUUCACCUUCACCAGAUCUCUGAGCAGAUACGAGUCGUUACUGCGCACGUCCAGCAGUCCCGACAGCCUGAGAUCUCGAGCUCCCAUGAUCACGCCGGACCAGGAGACAGGAACUAAACUGUGGCACCUGGUGAAGAAUCACGAGCACAGCGACCAGAGGGAAGGAGACAGAGGCAGCAAGAUGGUCUCUGAAAUCUACCUGACCAGACUGUUGGCCACCAAGGGGACGCUCCAGAAGUUUGUGGACGAUCUGUUUGAGACCGUGUUCAGCACAGCUCACCGCGGCUCUGCGCUCCCAUUGGCUAUAAAGUACAUGUUCGACUUCCUGGAUGAGCAAGCUGACAAACGGCAGAUCACCGAUCCGGACGUUCGGCACACCUGGAAAAGCAACUGCCUUCCUCUCAGGUUCUGGGUGAACGUCAUCAAGAACCCUCAGUUCGUGUUCGACAUCCAUAAGAGCAGCAUCACAGACGCCUGCCUGUCGGUCGUCGCCCAGACCUUCAUGGACUCCUGCUCCACGUCUGAACAUCGACUAGGCAAGGACUCGCCGUCCAACAAGCUGCUCUACGCUAAAGACAUCCCCAACUACAAGAGCUGGGUGGAGAGGUACUACCGGGACAUCGCCAAGAUGCCCAGCAUCAGUGAUCAGGACAUGGACGCCUACCUGGUGGAGCAGUCCCGCCUCCAUGGCACCGAGUUCAACACACUGAGCGCGCUCAGUGAGCUCUACUUCUACAUCAACAAGUACAAGGAAGAGAUCCUGACGGCGUUGGACCGCGACGGCUACUGCCGCAAACACAAACUGAGGCACAAACUGGAGCAAGCCAUCAACCUGAUGUCUGGCAGCAGCUGAGACGAGGAGAAGGACGGAUGGAUGGACGGAUGGACCGAAGGGGGAUGGGAGGAAGAACGGGGGAGGGGGAAGUGAAGGCAUUUUGUUUUUCUGAACUGUCUAAAGAGACAGCUUCGCCUACGCCAUCAAUCAAUCAAUCUAUCUCUUGCGUAUUUGCGGGUUGAUGGAUUGAUUGGUUGGACGACUGGCUGGUCGGGGCCCUAAAGACACCUCCACCUGGUGGACUUUGGGGUAAGAAAGUUUCCAUGAAAAGUGGAAACCUUUACAGCAGGGCUUCAGCCGGACAAAUCAACGAACAUUCAAGAAGCAUCCGUCAAUUUGGAUUUAACUUUCCAGAGAUCGAAGCGAGUGGGCGUGGCUGUGAAACUAAAGACAGAGUCGAGUUUCAGCUAGCCAGGACGGGCCGUGAGGACGAACCGAACCGUCUUCAGGAUUCCUCUGAACUUUUGUAGUUUCCAUCAAAGCUGUGAACUUCACCCUGAGAGGCUUGUUUGGUUCUGCAAGACGUGCAAGGAACGCCGAAGGUCUCAAGUCUGGAUUGGUCCAGGCUACAUAUCUGCAGGUCACGUCAAGGCCUGUCCCAGGAGCUCCAAGCCUCCUCAAGAUGUUGUCACUUUGGACAUUUGUCCUCGUCUUGAACCUUCAGCCUUGUCUGGAAGCAUCCGGAUCCUCUGCAACUAAAUCAGGUCGAGACUCGAAGACGAAGGAAAAGGAAAAAAGGUCCUGGAAAGUCUCGUCCCCAUGUGGACUAUCUGAGUCUGCCUCGUUCGGAUCCAAGAGGUUGUUUGAAGCUUUAAUGAAGGAGGAGGCAAAUGAACUGAUGUCCCAAAAACGGAGGAGUUGACCUGAAAUCAGGGUUGGGUCUGGGUCAAAUCCAGGAGGAUCUGGGGGGGAGGAGACGCUUCUUCGUUGCUCUUGUGAAUAACCAAGCGAAGGUUUUUUCUCUGGACAAUCACUCUGUACCACAGCACACUGAGCCUGAUGCCUAUGAACGACCACUUCCUGUGUCCAUAAACGUCCCCCGGCCCUCUUCUCCUUCGCAUCGUCAGACUUUCUUCUCCAGCUUUUCCCUGACCUGUUCCUUCGCUGCCCUACACUUUCUAGUGCCCCCGCCCCCCAUAGCGGGCCAGCCAUGCUGGCCCAGAAGACUCUUUAGUAACGUACUGCCCGACCAAGGAAGACUGUGGACCAGAAACGAGUAGAAACUAAUGUCGUAAUACGUUUGAAUACAUUCCAGCGCAGGCAUGCAGGCAAGGCCUACACCAAACCGGACCCACUCGCAGAUCUCGCAGAUCCUCGAAUGACAGACUCGUCAUGUUUUUCAGGAGCAGAAUGACCCGGGAACGGGGUUCUGGAUUCAGCGGCGGCGCGACGCGGCGCUUCACCGUCCGACCUUGCACACACUGCACCACAGCCAUGCUUUACCGCGCCACGCUCGGCGAGCCCGCAGACGGAAAUACUGUGCCAUGAAAGACCGGACCGGAUCGCACCAGAACUGGGACGGACUCGGACCAAAUCCAAAACCGCCUGGACCGGACUGAACAACUCUUUAGACUUGUGGCCAUACUUGUAAACAAAAAAAAGGAAGAAAAUAAUAAUGAUGAAGUAUAAAAGAACAAAAAAAUAUUGAAAUGUAAACGUGUAAUAAGAACUUUGUGGAUUUGAUCGUUUGAGUUUUAAAGAGCUGAACUUGUAUAAA